AUGAUAAAAAUCAAAUUAAAAUUUUUAUGUUUUUUUUUCAUAAUUUUAAAAAAAACGUAUUAUAAAAAAGCAAAUCCAAAUACAAGACAGAGAAAAAGAACUCAAAGACUAACGUUUUCUUCGAUAUGUUACUAUUCAUUUUUCAUUUUUUCUAUUUUAUAUUUCUUUCAAAUUAAGAAAGUUUAUGGAUAUGAAGUUGCAAAUACACUAAAAUGGAAUGGAGGGUGUACAAAAUUUUCAAGAUCAAGACGAAAAAAUGAAAUAAAAAAUGUAUUUAAUAAAUAUUUAGAUAAAAAAUAUUCAAUAAAAUGUGAAAGUAAUAUAAAAAAACAAUGUUAUAUAAUAGGAAAAGAAAAAAAAUCAAUUGGAGAUGCGUUUAAAACAACUCCAAAUAUAAAAAAUAAGUCGAACAUUUACUUCAAAUCAUUAUGUAAUAAUAAUGUGUUAAAUAAAAAUGUCGAAGAAAAUGUAAAUUUUAAUGAUGGAGUUGAAAAUUUUUUUGUUUUAAAUCCUAAUCCUAAUAUACUAUUUCUAAUUAAUAACAAUAUUCAAUUGGGAAAAAUACAUAGUGAAUAUUUGGGGGAAUCAAAAAAAAAAAAAAAAAAUGUCGUAUAUGAUGAAAAUAAACAAAAAAUAGAAUCUAUAAGUGAAAAAAAAAAAAAAAUUCGUCUUAAAUUAAAAAGAGGGUACUUAAAUGAUGUGUAUAAAAUUGAAAAGAAAAAAUUAAAUAACAUUUUAUUAUCUUUUAAUGAUAAAAGUAUAUUUAACAAAAAACAAACAAAUAUAAAAGAAAAUAUAUUAUUAUUAAAUGGGCAAACUGUUAAAACCGAAGUGGUAAAAGAAUAUUUAUUCCAUAAAUUAAGAUUAGAAUAUUAUGAAAAUAUAAGAGAUAAAAAAAAAAUCUUAACUUUAGAUUUAUGGUCUAAAGAAAUUAAUAUUCCUAUUGAUAAUUUAAAAAAAUUAAUUAUUUAUAUUUAUAAAAUGAAAAGUUUAGUUCAAAAAGAAGAUGAAGAUUUACUAAUAAAAACAUAUUUUUACAAUAAAAAAAAUAUGUUUUCACUUUUUAGAAACACAUAUAAUAGUGAUGGAAAAUCAAAUAGUGAACCUUUUAAUUUUAAAAUUCCAGGUGAAGAUGACAUUUCUGAAAAAAUCAAACACGGAGAAAUAGAUGUGGAAAAAAAAGACAAUGAAGAAAAUUAUGAUAUAUUUACAGAUUAUUUUGAAAAUCAUGAUUCUAUUUUAUAUAAAGAUUGUGAAAAAUUAAUAAAUGAACAAGUUCAAAAAUUUAUGGAAUAUAUUAAGGAUAUAGUGUUUUUUGAAAAUUCAAUUUAUAUAUUAGAAAAACUAGAAAAUAGACCACCAUUAUUAGAAGAAUUAAUUUAUGCAUAUAAUUAUCAGAAAGAUGAUUUCUUAAGAAAAUUAGAAAAUAAAAUAAGAUUAUCUCAAAAACUGUUAAUAUAUUUUAUCCCUUUAAUAAGUAAUAUAGUAAGAAAAUCUGAAAUGAAAUUAGGUAACAGCAAUUUGAGUGAAGAUGAUUUUUUAUUAGUUAGUUUAGAUGCUGUAAAAAAUGGGUUCAAAAAAUAUGAUGUCGAAAAAUUAGGAAUAAAAAAUUUAACAAAAUAUGUAUAUAUGUGGGCAAAAAAUAGUACUUAUAAUUAUUAUCAAAAACAUAAGUCUUUUGUAGCUAUUUCUUCUCAUACAUAUAAUGAUUAUAAUAAAAUAAAUAGAUUUGAAGAAUCAUUUUUUGAAAAAAAUGAUAGAAAACCAAAUAUAAAAGAAAUAAGUGAUGGAUUAAAUAUGAGUAUAGAACGAAUAGAAAAGGCUAUGACAUCUAUGGUUAAUAUUAUAGAUGCUGAAAAACCAAUUACAUAUCAAAAUAGCGAUUCUGCACACCCAGAAAAAAAUACUUACAAAGAUUUAAUUGUUAAUGCAGAUGACAUUUACAGUUUUAAUGAAAUUAUGUAUAACGACAUUGUAAUAAAAGCAUUACGAAAAUUUAUUUCUAAAUCUUUAAAAAAAAAAACAAGUAAAUUAAUAAUUUUUAUGAAAUUUGGACUUUUUUUUAAAAAAAAAAAUUACUCUGAUGAAGAAAUUUGUCAAAUUCUUAAAAUUAGUAAAAAAAAAUUUGAUAAAUAUUUUCAAGAUUCAAUAAUACAAAUAAAAAAUUUUAUUAAAAAAAAUAAGUAUAAUAAAAAUAAAAACGAUCCAAGUUCUGAUCUCACAACUUAUUUAAAUUUUUCUCAGUAUGAUUUUAUGGGAAACGAAUUUUCACAAAUAGAAAUGUAA